UUAAAAUUGGUUUUUAUUUUUCUCUCUCAUCCAUUCUUCUCCUCUUUAUUAUCGAUUCUAUAUAUCUCAAAUUCAUUGCGCUGACUGGUCUUAGGUUUGCCGCAUCAAAACCUCAUCAACAGUCAGCGGCUAUUUAACUAUUUGAUCCGGCUUUUUUAAGGUUUCUGAAUUCUCCGAUUGAUUCAGAUUCAUCUGGGCUGGACAUGGGUUGUUGUUAAUUUCUUCGAUUCUAUCGUAAAUCUGUGAAAACUAAAUCUUUUCUGUGGGUGGGCAAAGGGUUAUGAGAAUUUGAGUUGGGUUUGUUGUUUGAUCAGAGCUUCUUAAAUGGCCGGAGAGGAUCUGAUUGAAGUCAAGUUCAGGCUUGCAGAUGGGAGUGACAUUGGACCAAAUCAGUAUAGCCCUACUACUACUGUGGGAUCUUUGAAGGAAAAACUAGUCGCGCAAUGGCCAAAAGAUAAAGAAAAUUCGCCAAAAAAUAUUAAUGAUCUGAAGCUCAUAAAUGGUGGAAAGAUUCUGGAAAACAAUAAGACACUCGCGGAAUCCAGGCUUCCUAUUGGCGAACUCCCGGGAGGUUCUAUCACGAUGCAUGUUGUUUUGCGUCCUCCCAUGUUGGACAAAAACAAAGAAAAGCUGCAGGAAGAGUUAUUGAAGAAGAACAGGUGCUCGUGCUCUAUCCUUUAGUUCUUCUCCCCAAUGGCGAUGCUCUAUCUUUGGAUUGAUUGAACGAACGUGUGUGGAUAAAAGGAUUGCCAGAUCAGGAUAAAUAGACAAAAAAAAAUUGAAGUUACAAGUAUAAAGGAAUGUCAUACAAUAAUUAGACUUGUUUUCAUUUUUUGGUUGAAUUGGAUGACUUUUUCCCAGAUGAAUGAUGAAACAACCUUUAUUUGAAGUUUUAUGA